CUCGAGUAUCUCAAGAAAAAGGAAGGUCUUCGGGAAUUCUGUUCAGCAGAAUCCGAGUCCACUAGCCCUCCUCAGUCCUCCCCAGGGAUUUCGACUUCCCCGAGACACCAUCGCUACGACGAGCAAGCAGAGCACCAUCUCGGCUGCCUUAAACUGUCUCUCCGCCGGAUACUACACCCGCCGCCGCAGCGCCGACCUUGUCUCAAUCGAGCGGAGCGGGCGAUCGGAUUGGUUGCUUCCUUCCCCCAUCUCAUGUUGGUGGACUGAGAGAUGGAGUUUUGAUUUCAAAUAGCAUCUAGAGAACUGCCACUAAGUUUUUAAGUUAGUAUAUAAUGGGUGGCUGUUGUUGCUGUUCGUCGAGAACAUCUGAAGCCGAUAGAGCACCAAUUGAUAUAUAUCGUCAACAAAAUCUUGAGGAGCAUGAGCCGCUGUCUUCAGCUUUUGAUGGAUCAUCUCCACCAUCUUCAAUUGUUGCAGUAGACACAAAUCUGGAUACUUCCACACCUGACACAUAUCGAGCACCACCUGCACCCUUGCCUUAUGAUGUUGUUUUGGCAGUCCCAACUACCCCUGGUUUGGAGAAGCUAGACAACAAGAGCAAAACUGAUGACCAACAAGAGUCCAUAAAUGAUCAGGAGUCUUUAAAGGUGGAUGAGUCAUGUAAGAAAAAUGUCACUGAAGAUAAGGCUGAGGAGGAGGAUGUUUGUCCUAUCUGCCUUGAAGAAUACGAUGAAGAAAAUCCCCGCUCUGUAACUAAGUGUGAGCACCAUUUCCAUCUUUGCUGCAUUCUUGAAUGGAUGGAGCGAAAAGAUACUUGCCCAGUUUGUGACCAGACAAUUUUGGUGGAUGAGAUGUCCGAAUAGACUUGGUAAUCCUGGUGGAUCAUCACUUGAAGCUGUUUGUUACUGAGGAAGUGCAGGCAACAACUACUACACUCUUGAUAUUCGUCCAUUCUGGGUGGCUCUCAGAGUAAUGAAUUGAUGGGGCAAAAAUUGAAAGGAUGAACGACAUGAAAUGUAUUUACGCCCCCUCCUUUACCCUGCAUUCUGUGUCAUGCUUUUGCUGUUCAUAGCAACAGGUGGACUAGGAAACUGCUUGGUUGAAUUAUAUAUAGAGAGAGAUAUGUCGGCUUGCAGGUUGAUUCAGUUAAAAGUGCAAAACUAUGCCAUUUCGCUUUUCUGAAUUCAGAGUUUCAGACAUCUGCUGGUUCUUCCAGGAAUCCAGUCAGCUUUUUACAUGGUAUAUUAGGUGGUUGCAGGUAAAAAUGGUCUAGAUGGAGGUGGGGGUUUCUUUGUAUAAUCCACAUGCUAUUCAAGCUUCCUGUAUAUAAUAUUUCCUGUUUUCUUCGAUUUGUCUAGUCAGGCAAGUUUCAGGGAUAU